GGACGGGUUGUCUCCGCCCACAUACCUCUUGUGUAUAUGUGGAGGGCAGGGUCCGCUCAGUACACGUUGUAGUCUAUCAGUGGGCAAUCAUGGUGAAGCAAAUAGAGAGCGUGGCAGACUUUAAAGCAUUCUUGGCAUCUGCGGGAGACAAACUGGUUGUCGUUGAUUUCACUGCAGUAUGGUGUGGACCGUGCCGAAGGAUUGCUCCCAUAUUUGAGGAACUUUGCAAAACACAUGAUUUAUCAGAAUCGUGUGGCAUCCACGCCAUGCCUACUUUUCAAUUUUACAAAAACAAAGAAAAGAUUGAAGAAUUUUCUGGUGCAGAUGACGGCAAGCUUAAAGCAACCAUUGCUAGGCUGAAAUAAGAAGCGCGUGAAGCUACUGAAAUCCGCCCCAAUGUAUAAGGCUAUUCUUCUCUCCCCCCCCCCCCCCCCUUUUUUCUUUUUAUCAAGAUGGU